CUAGGAGAUUACUGCUUAUCGAAUCAUUGCUUAGAUUUUGAUUUGUAUAUUUAUAAAUUAAAGUAAAACACAAUGUCUUUUACUAUAAUGCAAAAAUUGUCACUGCUUAGCUUGAAAGCGGAUCAACCCUUAAUAACAACCAUACGUAACGCCAGCAAAAAGACCGGAGGCAGUACUCGUAAUAAAAAAGGACACCCUAGGCCAAAACAUCGAGGUUGGCGUGUCCAAGACGGACAUUGGGUUUCACAGGGCACUUUACUCGCAACACAAUUAUCGACUCGUUUUCAUCCAGGGAUGAAUGUUGGUUUUGGUAGAAAUGGAACGCUCUACGCAAUGGAGCAUGGUCGAGUAUAUGUAACAUGUGAGCAGUUGGAUCCAAAUUGGGAUCACACAUGGGUGCAGAGAAACUACGCUGGCCGUGAGGGACAAACGAUAUACAAGAAAUUUUUCAAUGUUAUUCCAGAACCUCAACACCAACGCUUUCGGUUAAUUGAUGAAGUUUAAAAUUUUUUUUAAA